UCGAGUUCGAAUUCAGUGAUUAGAAAUCAAACAUCGAAAAUCCUGAACUGUCAUUUCCUUCAAAAGUCGUGCUUGAGACCAGAAGUGUAGGUGGAGACGGAUUUCCUUGCGUUUUGAGGCUAUUCUGCAAAUUUAUGGAAAGAUGUCGGUGAGUGAAUUCCUCAAGGGUUUGCCCUGUCACAACGAGCAGAACUUCUCACUAUUCAAUACGGAAAACGGAAUUCGAACGUCACUGAAAAGGCCUUCGGUGUACUUGCCCACGGAAGAUCUGCCAUCGGAGCAAAUUAUCGUCACCGAGAAGAAAAAUAUUCUGCUUAGAUACCUGCACCAGCAGUGGGAUAAGAAAAUCAAUGCCCCCAAACGGAGAGACAACAGCGAGGUCGGCGGCGACGCAUCUAAUCGGAAGCGCCCCCGGCUGGAGCGGGAAACGAACUGAGCUCGGAAGCGGUUUGCCUAGGUCUAGGGUGUAAACUUAUUUUUAUAUUACUGAAACUUCUAAUUAAGUCAUUUGCGACCGUGCGAAACGUGUACCAUACUUCCGACCAGCGCAUUUCUACUUUCGUAAUUUCUGUGGAAUUCCUUUCGCCAUUCACUUCACCGGGGAGGACGCAGCAGGCGGGACGCGUGCUCGAAUUCAGUUUGGUUAUUUAUUCUUGUUCCUGUUCGGUUCUCCGUUUGGUUCGAAAUUCGUUUUACCCAAUUCCUUUUACUCAGAAAUGUGAGCGGAUUUAGUUUGUAAGAGAAUUGCUUCUUGUCAUCGAAGUGAAUAAAAAAGCGUAACGAAUUGAAAGCAAG